AUGAGUGGCAAUCGAUUGAAACUACUAAACCUCAUCAUUUGUACACGUUCAUCGGGGGCUGCCGUCACAUUCCUCUAUAUCUCUGUGAAAAUCCUCUAUACGGUUAAUAUUGUCGGCCAAAUAUUCCUACUUAAUACUUUCCUCGGCAAUCGAAGCAAGUGGUAUGGAUUGCAGGUGCUCAAUGAUCUGAUGAAUGGACGAGAAUGGGAAGAAUCGGGGCAUUUUCCAAGAGUCACACUUUGCGACUUUGAAGUUAAAGUGUUAGGCAAUGUUCAUCGCCAUACCGUCCAAUGCGUGCUGAUGAUCAACAUGUUCAAUGAGAAAAUUUUCCUGUUUCUGUGGUUCUGGUACUUCCUGCUAGCCGGCGCCACUGUGUGCUCGUUAUUUUACUGGAUCUAUAUAUCCGUAGUACCGAGCAGGCAAUUGAAUUUCGUCGGCAAAUACCUCACUGGCAUUGAGGGCUACAAAAUGGUCGAUUCCCAGUCGUUACGACGAUUCGUCUUCCAUUUCUUGCGACAGGACGGAGUGUUCUUGUUGCGAAUGGUGGCAACGCAUGCCGGUGAACUACCAUGUUACGAACUCGCAAAAACGUUGUGGAACAACUACUGUGAUAACAAAGAGGGCAAAAUGCAUGACGUCUGA